UUUCCAAAGCGUCGUUUUCAUAAUCGUAGUGUCUUUCUUCCUUCUCCCUUUGUGAUCGCCUUCUGUUGUUGCUCCACUCACUAUCUUCUUCUUCUAAAAUUAUUUUCCUUUUCUAUCCUUCUAUCUAUCAUUCUUUUACGCUAAAAAUCUUCUCGCUUCUUAGCUUAGCUGUUCUGUUCCAGAAACGAUAAAAUCAAUCAAUCAAAGGAAGCAAAAAAGUCAGAAUGGAUCUGUGUGCUGUUCAUGCGAAGAACCUUUUCCACACAAAUUCGUUUUGCCACAGACCCAUUUCCUCCCAUUUGGGAAGGACCAGAGUGUUUGAGAUCACUGUUUCGAGGAGAAAGCCUUACUCUAAAGUUGGGUAUCGCCCAUUUGUUGUCAGCGCCACGGGGAAGAAGAAUCAUGGCAACUCCUCUUCUUCUGGCAAUGAAGAACGGUCCAUUCCCGAAGGAGAUGGUACUAGAGGGAACAAUUCUUCUGAUGGCAACAAAUCAGAAAACAACUCUGAGAAAUGCCACCAUACUAAUCUGGAUUGGCGCGAGUUCAGGGCAAAGCUAUAUAGAGAUGAGCUGAAAGAAAUAUCAGAUGCUGACAUGCACAAUCAAGGUGGAACAUUGCCCAAUUCCAAACCUCUUGGAACACAGUGGGCUCAUCCUAUUCCAGUACCUGAGGCUGGUUGCGUACUUGUGGCUACCGAAAAGCUUGAUGGCAUUCGCACCUUUGAAAGAACUGUUAUUCUCCUUCUCAGAUCUGGAACUAGACAUCAUCAAGGAGGGCCUUUUGGAAUUGUCAUCAACCGUCCUCUUCACAAAAAGAUCAAACACUUGAAACCUACAAAUCAUGAUCUAUUAACUACCUUCUCUGAUUGUUCUCUGCAUUUCGGCGGACCUCUUGAGGCAAGCAUGGUUUUGUUGAAAACAGAGGAGAAGAUGAAGCUUCCAGGAUUUGAAGAGGUAAUCCCUGGGCUAUGUUUUGGAUCUCGAAACAGUUUGGAUGAUGCUGCAGGGCUUGUGAAGAAGGGGAUUCUCAAGCCUCAUGACUUCAGAUUCUUUGUUGGUUAUGCCGGAUGGCAACUGGAUCAGUUGAGAGAUGAGAUUGAGUCAGAUUAUUGGUAUGUAGCUGCAUGUAGCUCAAGUUUGCUUUGUGGGGCUUUAUCAGAUCCGUCAGAAAGUUUGUGGGAGGAGAUUUUGCAGCUAAUGGGUGGCCAUUACUCCGAAUUGAGCCGGAAGCCAAAGCAAGACAUGUAGGUACUAAUGUAUGGUUUCAGAUUUAGAGACAAAUGAAGAACGUGUAAUCAAGGUGCUGCAAAGUCAAAUUUACCGAUGUUCACUUUAAUGCCAAAUAAGUAGAUAAUUUAUCCUCCUGUCCUACUCUAUUGUUAUAAGAGGAACUGUACCUUGCUUCGUUCUUGUAAUUAUGCUUGUUAGAAUAGUUUGAUGUAAGUAUGAGAAUAAGUUCUGUUGGCUGCAUUUUACGAUUAAACUUUCGAAUUUUAUCUAAAGGACAGAGCUCCAGCACCAUUGAAUUGGUAA